AUGAACAUACCAUUAAGUGUGAAAUAUAUUGGUAAUUAUUGUUUCUGUGAAUGCAGUAGUCUGACUAGUGUUACAAUACCAUCAAGUGUGACAUCAAUUGGUUAUGGAUGUUUCAGUGAAUGUAGUAAUUUAAGUAGUAUUACAACACCAUUGAGUGUAACAUCAAUUAGUGUUUGUUGUUUCAGUGGAUGCAGUAAUUUAACCAAUGUUAACAUACCAUUAAGUGUGAAAUAUAUUGGUGAAUACUGUUUUGGUGGAUGCAAUAGUUUGAGCAGUGUUACAAUACCAUCGAGUGUGACAUCGAUUGGUGAAUAUUGUUUCGGUGGAUGCAGUAGUCUAAGCAGUAUUACAAUACCAUCCAAUGUAAGAUAUAUUGAUAAUGGAUCGAAUGAGAUAAUUUACGAAGUUGAGUUAGUUGAUUACUCUUGUACUAGUAGUUACGUGCGAAAGGGGGGUUUAAAGGCAGCCCCAUCCCCCACUCACCUCCUGGGAACAGAGAUUACUUAA